AAAAUCUUUAGAUAUACAUCUCUGAGAUAAGGCAGUCGUGAUAUAUUGUCACAAGUUUUUGACAUUGGUAGACAAGAGAGUACAGUACACCAUUGUAACGAUGCUUCGAUACAUAAUCCUUCUUGUGCCUGCCAUUUUUUUGAUCGUCCUAGCGGAGGAAUAUGAGAGAGAAAGAAGAGGUUAUCGUUGUGCAAUGUUUCUUGGACAUCAUUGUUUUGGUGAACCAUAUGAUCCCCAGUGCGGAUCUAACAACAUGACUUAUUAUAAUAAAUGCGACUUCGCCAAAAAUCAUUGCCGAGUAAGAACCAUUCAUCUAGCUCACAAUGGCACCUGUCACGGAGAAAGUCAAGAAGGCACUCUAACCCACGGAGAAUGGAUCGUACUCCAGUAUACAUGUGAAAUGCUGUUGCUGAAAGGAUGUCCCGACGAUAUUGCUGAGAUAUGUGCUUCAAACGGAAAGACAUACAAUAAUGAAUGUGAAUAUGAACUACAAAGAUGUAUGCACCCAGAGCUUACCAUUCUUAAGAGGGAGGCUUGUCUAGCUUAGGUAUCAUCUAACUUAAUAAAAACGUUUAAAACAUUGUU